GAAACCUCUCUAUGAAGCGGAGCUGAGCUGUGCUGAGCUGUGCUGACACUUAGAUACUGUAUAGGAGAUCAGGCAAGAGCAGACGAGUGUACCUCUUGGUGCACAGACUCUCAACUGUGGAUACGUUUUUAUACUGGAGCUGAAAGACAAGACUUUUCCCCUCUUGGGACGGUUGAUCUGGACCACUUCUUCCUUCUUACUUCCUGUAUUCCUUUUGAAGGUUUUUACCCGUGUCUUUUGGUUUGCCUGCUGUAAUCAGGAUGCUUAGCCCUGUUACUUUGCAGCAGAUCAUUUCCACCCUGUUUGUGCUCGGCAGUGCAGCAGUGAUGGCAGAGGUCGAGUGCCCGGCCGAGUGCUCCUGCACCCCCUCACCCCUGCUGUGCCCGCCAGGCGUCAGCUGGGUGACUGACCACUGUAACUGCUGUAAAGUCUGCGCCAAGCAGUUCAAUGAGGACUGCAGCGCCACCGAACCUUGCGAUCACAUCAAGGGGCUACGCUGCCAUCUGGGGGCUGGAGGAGACCCUGAGAGAGGACUGUGUCGAGCUGAGGCCCAGGGUUUGCCUUGCGAGUUCAGCGGGCGGGUGUACCAGCACGGCGAGGACUUCCAGCCCAGCUGCCAGCACCAGUGCACCUGUAUGGACGGGGUGGUGGGCUGCAUGCCCCUCUGUCCUCACCAAGUGCCCCUGCCCGACUGGUGCUGCUCGAGGCCCCGGCUGACCAGGCCUGAGGGCGGCUGCUGCGAGGAAUGGGUGUGUGACGAUGACAACCACAUCAGUGAAGAGCCAGACGAGCUGACACACACCCCCCUGCCAGACAGCCAGCCCCUUCCCAACCACAUCAGUGCCCUGCUGCAGGUCCAGCCGCAGCCUCGGCACCCAGCUGCCACCAGAGGGGCCACAUUCAGAGAGAUGGCAUCGGUCCCCAUGUCUGAGGUGUUACUUGAACACAGCUGCUUCCCGCAAACCACAAAGUGGACCGAGUGUUCCACCACAUGUGGGAUGGGCAUUUCAAGUCGAGUGACCAAUAGUAACCCAGACUGUCGGCUGGUCAGAGAAACCAGACUGUGCCAGAUCCGGCAAUGUGAGCUGCAGCUUCCUGUAGCUAGCAAGAAGGGGAGGAAGUGUCAGCGAACUGUCCGCCCCCAGGAAGAGGUCGGAAUCACCUUUGCCGGAUGCUCGACAGCACAGCGGUACCGCCCUCGCACCUGUGGGACUUGUGCUGAUGGCCGCUGCUGCACGCCCUCCCACUCUCGCACUGUGAGGCUUCGCUUCCACUGCCCGGACGGAGAGGGCUUCUACAGAAAUGUCAUGUGGAUCCAACGCUGCAGCUGCAGUACAAGCUGUCGCACACACAGCGGGCCCUCCAGCCCUUCAGUCAGCCUCCACAACGACAUCCACACCUUCAGGCACUGAGGCUGACUCAUCACGCUCAGCCCUGGCCUGGCACACUGGGCAAAGACUCUGCACCCCCUCCCCCUGGGUGAGCUCCUGUCACCCCCCUCCUCCUCCUCCCUAACCAGGCAAUACGCUCGCUUGCACUUUAAGCUUCCUGCCACGAUGGCAUCAGUUUGUCCACACUAGAGGUGUGUUAGCUCUCUAGUACCAGGGCAGCACUGAGGACAACACACUACAGUGUGCUAACUGUUGGCAGACAGUUUUUACUGAAACUUCUUUUAUUUAUUUGUGUCCUCUCCACAGAGGGCCACAUGACAGUUUGUCAUACAGAGAGAAGGUUGUUUAGACCAGUAACAGACAGAGAACAUUGAUGAGAUGUGAUGGGAAUUAUGGACAUGCAAUCUAAUUAAUGAGGAGGAACUAGAUGACAUAAGACAUAUACGUUAGUGACCAUAGGAACUAUGUGUUCAUCAUUGCCUGUCCUUUUUCAUACAAUGUUUCCUACACAUGUAUUGAUUGUGGAAUUCAUUAAGAGAGUGUGUGUGUGUGAGGGCUUGUUUUACUACAUUUGUGGGAUCCUUUGUGGGGACCAGAAUGCUGGACCCAACCAGUUUAAAGGCCUGUUUGAAGACUUGGUUUUAGGGUUAGGGUUA